AUGUCUGAGGAAGUUAAAGAGGUGAAGCCAGAGGCUGAGAAAUCUGAAGUGAAGCCAGAAGUUGAAGUUGAAGCCAAGAAGGAGGAGGCUCCAGAGGCAGAGACCAAGUCUGAGGAGGCCGGAAAACGGAAAAUUGAGGACGGCGACCAGGAGAAGAAGAAGAAGAGAAAGCACGCUAGACGGAAAUACGACGACGCCCCGCCUCCUGAAGACAAGGACUCUGACGAAGAGGAAGAGGAAGGUGUUGAUGAUGACAAUUUGGUGGUUGAGGAGGAGGAGGAAGACGAUUUGUUGGAAAUUGACACCGCAAACAUCAUCACCACUGGUAGAAGAACUCGUGGCAAGGUUGUUGAUUACAGUAAAGUGAGCGAAGAACUGAGUAAAGAGAACCCUGCUUUGAACGAAGACGAUGGAGAAGACGAUGGUGACUUCAACGAGCCUGCACCUAAAGCUCAAUGA